AUGUGUAAGUAUAAAAUGCCAAUAAGUGAAUUUAAACGAAGUUUAGAUGUUGCUUCAGGUGCCACGACAUGCGCAAAUGUCGUCAUAAUAGGUGGCGGUAUAAUCGGCACUUCCAUUGCAAGACGGUUGAAAGAAUUACGUAAAAAUGUUGAGGUUUUACUAUUGGAAAAGGAAUGUAGGCUGGCAAGACACCAGAGUAGCCAUAACAGCGGGGUGGUGCAUAGCGGAGUAUACUACAAUCCAGGUAGUUUAAAGGCGAGGUUUUGCGUCGAGGGAGCCAAGUUACUGGAGAAGUAUUGCAACGAAAAAAACAUACAGUAUAGGAAAAAUGGGAAACUUGUACUGGCCAAGGACUGCACGGAGAGUAACAUAUUGAAAUUUUUGUAUGAAAGAGGGGUGAAAAACAAUGUAACAAGCUUAGAAAUUCUAACAUCCUUAUCAGACGUUAGGAAAAUUUGCUCCGGGUGCUGUGGAGUGCAAGCACUAUGGAGUCCAAACACAGCCAACGUUAACUUUGGUGAUAUCACCAACAGCUUCGGCAAUGAUUUUCUUGAGUUGGGAGGAUUUAUCGUAUAUAAUUUUGAAGUUGAGGAUAUUCAAUAUUGCGGUGAAAAUACCGAGUAUCCCAUAUCCGUAAUUGGCGUUGAUAAUAAUCAAAUUAUAAAAGCUAAGUACAUUGUUAUCUGUGGCGGGUUGCAAUCGGAAACUCUGACUAACCUUUAUGGCCCAAAAUCACAUCUAAAAUUUCUGUCGUUAAGAGUGAAUUACAAGCUUUUAAAAGCCGAGUUUUGCGGCAACUUAGCGACCAACGUGUAUCCGGUGCCGGACUUAACAUUACCAUUUUUGGGAGCUCAUUUUAGCCCUCACCCGGAUGGGAACGUUUUGUUGGGUCCUUCGGCAGUCCCGGCAUUGAAACUCGAAGGCUAUAAAUGUAACGAAUUAAAUUUAGACUACCUUAAGGACUUGACCCUGUCUUGCGGUUUUCGCAAUAUGGUCUUGCGGAACUUUUCCAAGUGUGUCGACCAAGUGGCGAAAGUCGUUUUCCCGGAUAUACAGGUACUUUGGAAUAACUUUUUUUUGAUUUCCUCAACUUCGUAUUUAAAGAUAAAGGAACUUCAGCAAUUAAUUCCGAAUUUUUCAUACCAAUUUGUCCGAGAGGGUCCCAUCGCUAUUCAGUGUCAAGCCUUGAAGGGUGAUGGAACUUUUGUGGAUGAUUUCCUCAUUGACGUUUUCGAAGGCAAUGGAAUAACCAGCAGAAUAAUAAAUGUAAAGUUUGCCCCUAGUCCGGCAGCGACGAGUGCGAUGGCUAUUGCCAAUUUUGUCAUUGAAGAAUUGAUGAAAAAGUUGAGGGCGUGUUGAAAGCGACAUAGAGCUCCAAUGUGUUGGUUAAUGGUGUUAUUUACUUUUUUGGAUUUGUUUAGUGACACAGACAUCAUCAGUUAGAAAUAUACUUUUUGUUAGUGUGCAAUUUUGUUGAUAUGAAUUUUUCAUUUUAA